AUGAGGUAUCAGUAUGACAUUAUUCAUGUCCCGGGUAAAGAUCUCAACACAGCUGAUUUUCUUUCCAGAUCACCCCUCCAAGAGACAGGAUCUAAUGAGCUGCAGGAAGAAGUGCAAGCAUAUGUUGAUAACAUUGUUCAACAUUUACCAGCUUCAGAUGAACGCCUGAUUCAAAUCAGAGAUCACCAGAGGAAGGAUCCAAUGCUAUGUACAUGGAGAGAUCAAAUACUUGGAGAGGGGAAGAGAAGGAAUAGUAAGAUCAGUAACUAUGCUGAUCUGUCGGUGAAGGAUGGUCUACUCUUAAAGGGAGAUCGUAUUGUUAUUCCCAAGGACUUACAACAGGAAGUUCUAAAGCAGCUCCACUCAGGUCAUCAGGGAAUUGUUAAGACCAAGGAAAGAGCUAGAAUCUCAGUGUGGUGGCCAGGAAUAACAAAGGAUAUAGAAACGUACGUUGGUAAAUGUACUAUUUGCUGUAAAAACCAAUAUCCUAAAUAUGAGCCUAUGUGCCCAUCUGAGCUGCCUACUAAUCCUUGGCAAAAGGUGGGAACAGAUCUGUUUAUGUGGAAGCAAAAUAACUAUCUACUAGUUAUAGAUUAUUACUCCCGAUAUAUUGAGAUUGCUAAGCUCAACACAACAACAUCUGAGGGUGUAAUUCAUCAUCUAAAGUCUAUAUUUGCUAGACAUGGGCUACCACAA